CAUUUUAGAAGUAGGACAGAAAAGCGGCCAUCAUGUCGGAAGAUAUGACCGGCAAGUCCUCACUCAAGGAUAUGCCGAACGCGGCUAUUACGGACAUGCAGAACCCGUUGCCCAUUUGCCGGAAGCCCCGCCCGGAUGUGAACUCGCUGACGGUGCGCCAGUACUUGGAUCAGACGGUGGCGCCCAUUCUGCUACACGGAUUGCAGGCCCUGGCCCGUGAUCGACCCACAGAUCCCGUUAGCUACCUGGCAACGUAUUUGCUGAAGAACAAGAAUCGUUGCGACGAGCUCAAUACGGAUGCCAUGUGAAUUCGUUUCGUUUAUUGACUUGCCCACACUUUGCGUUUAAUUUCUUUGAUUUCUUUGCUGACAACCGCUGCUAUUCGCUGAUUUUUUACCGAGAAUGUUACUCUACACACACGUAUUCCAGCACAGGACUCACCGUGAAC